CGUGCUGUUCCUGAGCUCUGAAAUACUACAGUAUUCAUUUGAUUACAAUUCAUAUAAAAGCUGCCACUCGGUACAACAUCCUUUGUGGUCCUGGUUAUUAUCCAAGUUACCACAUAUUUUUGGCGACGAGGUGAACUUGAAUUGUUUUUCCAUCGCGUUUUGUUUUCAGUGUUAGCUAAAAACAGUGUGCUAGCUAGCGAACUUUAGGCGACUAUCUUCAUGAGUGGAAGCUCGAGCAGUGCAGAGGAGCACGGUGAAGAGAGAAUCAGAACGCCAGUGGCUGUAGAGGAGCGACAAGGAUAAGGAGAAGAGCACAGCAUUCAAAUGGCUACGUUUGGGACUAUCGGUGAAUUCGUGGAAGGAGACGAGGACUGGACAGAGUAUGAGGAAAGGUUGGGACACUUUUUUGCUGCUAAUAGAAUUGCAGAGGAGGCUAGAAAGCGCUCCGUUCUCCAGAGUGUGUGUGGAGCUAAGACAUAUAAGCUGAUGAGGAACUUAGCCACACCAAAGAAACCGGGGGAAAUUGAUUAUACUGAACUGGUCAAGCUCGUCGGGAAUCACCACAAUCCAAAACCAUCAGUAAUAGUCCAACGUUUCAAACUUCACAGCCAUUUUCGGAAGUCAGGUCAGUCUGUAGCUAAUUUUGUUGCAGAAUUGUGGCAACUGUCAGAACAUUGUGAUUAUAAGGACGUCUUAGAUGACAUGCUUCGUGACAGAUUAGUAUGCGGCAUUAAUAAUGACGCCAUACAGCGCCGUUUGCUGGGGGAAACUCCACCACUGAAGAAAGCGCUAGAAAUAUCGUUCGGAAUGGAAAUGGCGGCAAAUAAUGCCAAAGACAUUCAAAAGGGUCAGGCUGGAUCGCAGUCAGUGGCUGUGCACCACGUGAACAGAGAGGCUGCAAAGUCAGGCUCAAGCACACACACAUCCCGGCAGGCUCAAGCACACACACAUCACGUCAAGGAAGAUGACGGAGAGGCAGCGUGUGCAUUCAAUGUGUUUGCAGUGGACACAGAUGAGGGACCACCUAUGCCCUACUAUGCAACAGUGACUGUUGAAGGACAGGACAUUAAGUUUGAGGUUGAGGUCAUCAGUGAGGAGACCUACAGGAGGACAUGGGGACAUAAGCCACCUCCUAUUAAGCCUUCGAAUCUCAAACUAAGGACAUACACAGACACCUUAAUUGAAAAGCUGAGGUGCCUCCUGGCUGAUGCUGGCAUAACGACAGAUCCGCCAGCAUCACCAUCUCCAUCAUCAUCAUCAUGAUAGACACAUCGGAAACAGGUGGCCAGUGAGCACUGGAGCAGGGCGAGGGAGGACAUGACGGCCAACCUGGCAGCUGAAAGACCCCCCUGCCAACCUUGUCAGGUUUGCCGGCACACAAAGGCUGUGGUACGCUGCAGGGACUGCCUUGCUCAGCUUCUAUGUGGAGGCUGUGACCAGGCAGUACAUAACAGCCAUCCCUUGCACAACAGAGAGGCCAUGUUUGAGGGGUUUUUCAAACCUCUAAGUCCCGUUGUAGGAGUAAUCCGCAAGGAUGACAGCUACUGUUAUGUUAGUUAUGGUAUGUAUGAAAACAGGGUGUCUUGCUGGACCUGGCAAGACGGUCAUUGUGAUAGGAAUGAAUGGUGAGAUUUCUUCUUCUGAUGCAUUACGGUAUAGUGUAUGAUAUUAAGCAGAUAUAUGACUUCCACAGGAAGACACCAACUGGCCCUACCUUCACUUAGAUGUGCUACCUGCCAGGCCACCUGGAAUGCGGGCUUACCUGACCUGGUAGCAAGUGGCUAGUGGCCGGCCACACCCAAUUUUGAAACCAUUUACUCUACUGACCUAUUUUGGUCAUACUCCAAAAUUAAAUUACGGGCACCAGGUUUGUCGAGGCAGGCAUUUUUGGGGAUGCAGUCAUAUUUUCCUACUUCCUCUAAUUAACACCUGAUGCAUAAAUAAAACCAAGCCUGUCUUUUGUGCAAAUGUAUAGUGGUUCAACAGUUCAAAAUGUAUCUAUGUAAAUAUCGUUCAAAAACCAUGACACAGUAAAAUAAAUCAAACGCCUUAUAGGUCACAUAGCAUGAAUAGAUACAUACUGUAUGGCAGUACUUACCACGCAGAACAAGGCAUCCAGUGCACUUUAACUUCUUCCUUAUCCUACAGAAACACACACACACACACACAGUUAAUCAUAUUUCUGUGGUUACUGUGACCAUACAGACACUCGUUCACACUUGGCUAUAUGUGCUGGUCAGGAGACAUGAGUUUACCAUUUGAAUGCUGUCUAUAGAGUAAUAUUGCACAUUGAAGAGAAUAUCAGAGAAACAAAGAAAUAUUGUUCUAGAUCUUACCUGUAUCAUUCUUUUCUCAACAAUACAGUCAUAUUGCCACACUUUUGUAUUGUAGCAUUUUCGACACCCUGAAAUAACAAAGACAAAAAGUCUCGUUUGAAAAACAAACCCUAGGUUAUCAAUAAAUGGUAGUAUAUGUUAAAAGCAUUUGCUAUAGAUAGAUAGACAAAUAGAUAGAUGCACAGAUAGAUUUAUAGAGAUACUAUUAAUCAUAUACAAAUACAUAUACUGUAUCUGGAAGGAAAAGAAGGUGACCUAUCACUCCUCAUGGGUGUUGUUGGGAAGGACCGGCUCUGCCGCUGCCUCUAUGGGGCAUGGUGGGCACUGACCAUCCCUGCUGUGGUGCUGAGCUGCCAUGCACCAUAUCUUAGUUAUGCUGCUUUAGCCGAGUGCUGACACUAACCUCUUACAGUAUGUGUUAUGCCGUACAACUCUCUCUCUCUCUUCUCACUAUAUUUUACACAUAUAUCUGUGAAGUAUGAAUCUCCUAGACUGGCCUUACUCUUCCCACUUCCUCCGUCCACAUAUACUACAAUCAUCUCUGCUGAGUGUCAUGCCUGCUGUUCACUCCCUGUCUCCCUGUUAUCAACCCCUCCUGCAUGGACUGCAACCAACUUCACAGGAGAUCCAGACCAGGACCGACUCUCCUCCUUCCUAGAGGC